UUUACAUGAACCAUCACACCGUCAUCUGGAAGCGUGAUGAAAAUGUAUUUCACGGAACUCUUCAAUAGUAUUGGAUUAAAUUAGUCUGAACAUAUUUCAUAAUGGAUAGAAAAUGAUUUAUCAUGAAACUUCAUUAUCGAAUAUUUACUUUCACUAUCACCAUUUUAGGAUGCUUUGUUCUUUACUGGUGUUCAAAAGCUCUGAGUGGUAAAAGAAAAUUCUUGUCUGACGAAGACACUUUUGGGAAAGUUUUAACAAAUGAAGAUGGAAUUUGGUAUGUCGAAGACGAGAACUGUAAGCCACGUGAUAAUUUUGUGCGCGCGCAGCUGAAGUGGGAAGAGUCUCCUUCAAUAUUUGUGUAUCCCACAUCCAUUGAUAAAUGGGUAUCGGGAAGAAUAAUAAAUGAAGGAAAGUGGGAAGAGCAUCACAUACAGAGAAUUCACAGAAUUCUGAAGUCGGACCCUUCGAUGAUAUUUCUUGAUAUAGGAGCGAAUGUCGGAGCAUUUUCUCUGACUAUGGCGGAACUUGGUAAUCCUGUAAUUGCAGUAGAUGCGUUAAGGGACAAUACCGCUCGGCUUUGUGCCUCAAUGAAAAUAAAUCAUUUACAAAACAGAAUGUCGAUAAUUCACAACGUGUUGUCAUUCAGAAGAGAAAAGGUAUCACUUGGAAAAUUUCAUCUUAAUGUUGGUGGAACAUUUGUAAAGCGUAUAGGUGUUUCAACAGGAAGUGACAGUUUAGUCAUCGACGCAAUUUUAUUGGACGAUCUUUUGGAAAUCUACAGAUUUUAUGGAAGAGUCGUAAUCAAAAUGGAUGUAGAAUCUUUUGAGGCGAAUGUUUUAAGAGGAGCAUAUAAAUUCUUCAAUCAUGUAAAUGUAGAUUAUAUUUUAAUGGAGUUUAUGGCACAUAGAGGAAAAGAGAGUGGGAAUUUUAUUGUGAAAUUCUUGAAAAAAUUUGGACUGGAACCUGAAUUUUCCAACAGUAACCAUAGUUCUUGGCCUAUGGAUGUCUGGUUCCUAAGACCGGAUAAAAUUUAAACUGAAAUUGUUCUGAAUCACCUUUAUGAAUAAAAAUUUAUAGGAAAAGAAUUUGAUAGUAUCCCAAAUAAUAUAUUAAGCUGUACAUGUCAUGAAGAAAAAAAGAGACGUAUUUGUAAA